AUGCCUCACUUCCACGAGUCAUCCUCGAGCUCCUCGGACGCUGCGCCCGAGUUUGACCCCCAGAACGCUUACCAGCGCAUCGUCAGCGAUGAGGAGUACGCUGCUUCUUCGUCUUCCGAGCCACCAUUGAGUCAACAACUGGAACCUAUCGCAGUCAUCGGGAUGGGAUGUCGUCUCCCUGGCGAUGUCAGCUCCCCAUCAGACUUUUGGAAGUUGAUGAUGGAGAAGAGAAGCGGCCAGACGCCCAAAGUCCCUUCGUCCAGGUUCAACAUUGACGCACAUUUCCACUCGGACAAUGACCGCCCGGGAAGCUUUGGUGUUCUUGGAGGCUACUUUCUCAACGAGACUCUUCAAGAGUUCGAUCCGGCUUUCUUUGGCAUCACCCCAGUCGAGGCCACAUGGAUGGACCCGCAACAACGAAAGCUUUUAGAGGUCGUCUACGAAGCCUUCGAGUCAGCCGGUCUGACUCUGGACCAACUCUCCGGGUCCGAUACGGCUUGCUUCAUGGCCACAUUCACAGCCGAUUUCCAGCAAAUGUCAUUCAAAGAGCCCUCGUUCCGCCAUAGUCUCGCCGCCACCGGUGUUGACCCCGGCCUUUUGAGUAACAGGGUCAGCCACAUCUUCAACCUCCGUGGUCCUAGCAUCGUCGUCAAUACGGCAUGUUCCUCGUCCGUCUACGCCCUCCAUAACGCAUGCAACGCCCUACGAACCCAUGAGUGUUCAGCAGCCGUGGUCGGCGGCAGCAACUUGAUCCUGACCGUCGACCAGCACAUGAACACGGCGAAGCUGGGCGUGCUAUCGCCGACGUCGACGUGCCAUACCUUCAACAGCUACGCCAAUGGGUACGGCCGUGCAGAGGGGGUCGGGGCCAUCUACUUGAAGCGGCUGAGCGAUGCAAUCAGAGACGGUGACCCCAUUCGCGGCGUCAUCCGGUCCAGCGCGACGAACAACAACGGAAAGGCACCCGCGGUGGGUAUCACGUACCCCGGGUUUGAUGGGCAGAGGAACGUCAUGAGGCACGCGUACCAGCGUGGCGGCUUGGACCCCAUGCUCACGGGAUACUUCGAGUGCCACGGGACGGGGACAGCUAUUGGCGAUCCCCUGGAAGUCCACGCCGUCUCUGACAUUAUGAAUGCAACUCGGACCGAGGCAGAUGGGCCCCUGCACAUCGGCGCCGUGAAGACGAACAUCGGACAUAGCGAGGCGGCCAGCGGGUUGUCUGCCGUCAUCAAGGCUAUUCUGACAGUGGAACGGGGCAUUAUUCCCCCCACCCAGGGAGUCACUGAUCUGAAUACAAAAAUCGACUGGAAAGGUUGGCAGGUGGAUGUGCCUACGGAUCCAACGCCAUUUCCAAAGCGUUUGCCCGUCACGAGAGUCAGCGUCAACUCUUUUGGGUAUGGCGGCACAAAUGCGCACACUGUCAUCGAGAGCCCCAGAUCCCUACUCGUUGCACCGCAAAGCUACAAGUACUCGAUGGCCGGGACCACCACCAGGGGCAAAGUAGCACGCGGAGCAGUGAACCGCAACAGACCUUAUCUGUUUGUGUUUUCUGCACACGAGAUGGGGGCUCUCAGAAGAAACGUUGCGGCCCAUGGUAAGGUUGCUGCAAACUACAGCCUGCUCGACCUAUCAUAUACCCUCGCCAACCACCGCACUCGCUUCCAAAGCAAAGGUAUGGUGGUUACAACACCGGCGACCCUACCUGGGACCUUCGUCGACGGGAUUCCCGACUUUGUUCUUUCGGAUAAGAAGGAGACAUCUCACACCCUCGGCUUUGUCUUCACGGGACAGGGCGCGCAGUGGGCGCGCAUGGGCGCGCAGCUGAUGACAUACUACCCAACCUUUCUCAUGGCGAUUCGGCGCAUGGACAUGGUGCUCGAAGAUCUCGAUGAGGCCCCCUCAUGGACUCUGGAAGAGACUCUCCUCGAGGACCCGGCCGUCUCUCGCGUUAGCCAGGCCGAGUUUUCUCAGCCGCUGUGCACCGCGAUCCAAGUUGCGCUCGUCCAGCUCCUUCGACUUUGGGGUAUCAAACCUUCAGUGACCCUAGGCCACUCGUCUGGCGAGAUCGGCGCUGCGUUUGCCGCUGGGUACUUAUCCGAGUCUGAGGCUAUCUUGAUGGCGUACUACCGCGGACAAGUUGUCAAAGACAUUGAUUCCGCCGGCGCUAUGAUGGCUGUCGGCCUCGGUGCAGAGGCUGUGGCCCCUUAUCUAGAAACCUACUCGACCGAGGUCGUCAUCGCUUGCCACAACUCGCCAUCUGGUGUCACUCUGAGCGGCAAUGUCGACGCCUUGAAGGAGAUUGAAGGAACCCUACAGGCCGAAGGUGUCUUUGCACGCCUAGUCAAGACCAACGGCAAGGCAUACCACUCACGUCACAUGCUUCCAGCUGUCGAGAAAUACGAGGCCCUCGUCCGGAAAGCAAGACAGACCAGUCUCACGAGGCUUGUAUCCGAAAAGGCGAAGAUGGUGUCGUCAGUCACCAACUCUGUGUUGCCCGAGGAUGCAGUCCUUGACGAAAAGUACUGGAGCGCCAACCUCGUCAGUCCGGUCCUUUUUAACCAGGCCGUGCAGACAGCCCUUACGAGCAAGGAUGUGCCCAAGAUCGACAUCCUGAUCGAGGUGGGACCUCACUCGGCUCUCUCGGGGCCGAUCCGACAGAUCAAGGCCGAGUUGAAGGCCGAAAAGCUGCACUAUUUGCCAACUCUCGUCCGCGGGUCCCGAUGCGCUGAGCAGGUACUCAAGCUGGCUGGCGAGUUGUUCUUGCGCAAUUACCCCCUUGAUCUCGCGACAGUCACGGCAGUUGAGGAGGUGUACCCGUCCGGAAAGAUCAUCCCGCGAAGAGGUAACCUCAUUGUGGACCUGCCACCAUACCAAUGGGACAAAACCAAGAAGUUCUGGGCCGAGUCUCGCGAGAGCAAAGAGCACCGCUCGCCACGCUUUCCACGACAUGAUAUCUUGGGCCAGUUGACUGUCGGUGGUUCCUUGGCCGAGCCGACGUGGCGCAACGUUCUUCGCAUCAAGGACCUCCCUUGGCUUCAAGAUCACUCCUUGGGCGGGGAAGCAGUUUUCCCUGCGGCUGGGUACCUCUCCAUGGCCAUGGAAGCCGUUACACAGAUCAAUGAGAUGUCGGAGAGCCCAUCGGACAUCAGCUCCUAUGUGUUUAGGGACGUCUCCAUUCAGCAAGCACUGGUUACGCCUGACGACGACAACGGUAUUGAGGUCUUGUUGAACAUGCGCCCAGCAAACCUCAACGCCGACGAGGGCAGCAAGCAGUGGUGGGACUUCAACGUCUCGUCCAUUUCAUCCGAAGCGCAUCGCAAGAAUCAUAUGGCGGGAAGCAUCAGCAUCAACACAACCAAGCGCAGAGCUGUCGCGAAGCAAAUACCCAACCUGCCGCAGCGGGCCUCUGGCAAGCUUUGGAAUCAGGCGCUGAAGCAGGUUGGAUUCAACUACGGCCCGACCUUCCAAGACCUGGAGAACGUCACCUUUGACGGGGCCACGUACUGUGCGCAAGCCGAUACGAAGAUCAGGACCGCCGUGAUGAAGGGAGAGUCCCGCCACGUCCUCCACCCAGCCAUCUUGGACUCGUGCUUGCAGCUCAUGAUCGUCGCUAUCUGGGCUGGACGCGCCGGCGCCAUGAGGUUCGGAGCGGUGCCCGUCCGCGCCGAGGAAAUCGUCAUUUGGAAGCCUACGGCAGCCCAGUUGGCUGGCGACGCUGGCGCUACCGCAUUCUCCUGGAUAGACCCACGCGGCCAGAGACUGUUCAAUGCUCACAACCAACUCAUCGCAAGUGACGGGACGGUCCUGAUGGAGAUCAAUAGCAUGCGCUGCACUGCGUAUGAAGCCGCCAUUCCGCAGCGGCUGGAAGCGCCGAUGCAGCCAAAACCUUACUCCCAGUUGGUCUCCAAGCCGGAUGUCGCGUGGAUGCGUGGUGAUCAGAAGGACCUCGACGUUGUCGAUUUUGUUGAGCUGGCCGAGUUCAAGACCCCAGGCCUGCGGGUUCUUACCACAGACGCAGCCGCCGCCGGAUCCCUCAUGGCCAGGUUGCCUGGACUGCGGUUGACAGUGUUCACCAGCUCUGACGGAGUUGAGACUGAAGAGUUGAGCGAGUUCAAGACUGUCUCCUUCGAGCCGCUUGACUGGACAGCCAACUUGACGGCUCAGUCUUACGAAAAGAUCAAACACUCAUUUGACCUCGUUGUCUCCCUCAACACCACCCCCUAUGCACUGGAGCAUAUCCCCGAGCUCUUGGCAGAAGGAGGCCAGGCUAUCCUGAGAGAAGACAAAUGUCUGACUGAUCAAAGUCUCAAGGAAGCCGGGCUCUCGGGUUUUGAUUCAUCUUUGAAAGGCGGCGUGUUUGUUACCUCAAGUAUCAAGCAGGGCGACAGGUUUUCAUCGACGUCAGUUCACCUGGUGUACUGUUCAACUGUCACAGAACACAUCACCCGAUUGCAGGCAAAUUUGGAGGGCCUGGGAUUCAACGUUGAGAGCCUCAAGCUUGGGGAUCCAUGUCCGCCCGGUGCCAACGUCAUCAUGUUGGCCGAUCUUGAGCGUCCACUCGUGGCUACCAUGUCAGAAUCAGAGUUCCUUCAUCUACAAAAGACUCUGGCCGAUGUCGCGAAUAUUCUAUGGGUGUCUUGUGGUGGUCUGUCGGCGGACAGCGUGAGCCCUGAGUCCGCAAUGACACGGGGACUCCUGCGUUCACUGCGAUCCGAAAGAGCGUCCCUCAAGGCGACACUCGUCGACUUCGCCCCCGGCGAUCUUGACUCGGAUGGCUUCAUUUUCAGGGUAUCGUCUUUAUCCUCCGCUCUCUUCAGCAAUGAACGACAGCUCGAUACCGAAUAUGUUGCCUGCGGCGGUCAGCUGAUCAUCAGCCGCCUCAUCCCAUCGGAUGAGAUCAACGAAAUACACGGAAACGCCGGUGGGGAAACGCAACUGCAGCCCUUUGAUCCUGAAGCCAGACUAGUAGGCAAGGUGGAGUACGGCAGAGUGGUCUUCCAAGCUGAUCACUUGGACGCGCAGCACUUGCAACCGGAUGAGGUUGAGUUCCGCGCGUUGGCGACAGGCCUGAACAGCGAGGAUCAGGCCGUUAUAACGGGCGCCUCUUUUGAAACUGACUUUAGUCACGAAGCUUCCGGCGUUGUCACCAGAGUCGGCGCCGCUGUCACGAGGGUCUCUCAGGGCGAUUACAUUGUCGCCUUCAGCUCGGCGAAGUUCUCCAACUACCAGCGCGUCGAAGAGUGCUUGGUACAGAAACUCGAUCUGACAGAGACCCCUUCGACCAUGGCCAGCCUUCCGAUGCACCAUGGCGCUGCUCUCUACGGGCUCCAGACCCUGGCAAGGCUUCAGGCCAAGGAGUCGGUUCUGGUUCUUCCCGGAGUGGGACUUCUUGGAGCAGCCGCCAUCCGGAUCGCUCAGGCACUCGGUGGCAUUCCGUACGUCGCUGUGCAUGACUCUUCUGAAGCGGAAGCUGUAUCAUCAACCUUUGCACUCCCAAAGGACCGAAUUAUAGUCGACUAUUGUCCUUCAGUACUGCUUGACCGAGACAUCGACGUGGUAUUCUUAAGCGGCUCGGUCGACUCAGCAGUAGCGCGAGAGGCAUGGCGGAGUCUACCGGCCUUCUCGCGGUUCGUUAGCUGCGGCACUGCCGCUGGAAUCACGUCUCUUGAUUCUGUCCCGGCGACUCGUGGUGCGAGCUACCUAUCCUUCAACCCUGCGAGUCUUUUCAAGAAGCCUCGUGUACUGGGUCAGUUACUCGAGAGGACAAUUACACUCUUCCGCCAAGGAACCAUCCCUGCGCCGUCGUUGGUCGUUCGCGACAUCUCAGAACUCAACGAGGCUGUUGCCUCCUUCUCGGAUUCCCUUUGCGGCCCGAAGACGGUCAUCUCGCACGAGAGCGGCGACGGCGCUGUGGACGUCAUCCGCGCCCGCCCGCACUUGCGUCUAAACCCAGACGCCACAUACCUUCUCGUCGGAUGCCUUGGUGGUCUUGGUCGCAGCCUCACAUCGUGGAUGAUGCAGCGUGGAGCGCGGGGCUUUGCGUUCCUGUCGAGGUCUGGAUCAGACUCUAGGCAGGCCGCCAUCUUGGUCAAGGAUCUGGAGGCGCGGGGUGCUCAUGUCCAGGUUUUCAGGGGAGAUGCCGCCGUCAAGGAAGAUGUGGCGAAGGCAGUGGGCUCGGUUCCAGUCGAUCGACCACUUCGUGGUGUUGUCAACGCCGCCAUGGUCUUACGGGAUGGCCUGUUUCAGAACAUGCCCUACGAUAGCUGGACAACGUCUAUCCGGCCAAAGGUCCUUGGCAGCAAGCACCUACACGAAGUAACAGCCGACCUUCCCCUGGACUUCUUCCUCAUGACGAGUUCGGUGUCCGGUAUUCUCGGGACGCCAGCCCAAACCAACUACGCCGCAGCCAACUCCUACAUGGAUGCGCUGGCUCGUCUGCGCCGCUCCCGAGGCAAACCGGCGUGCGCCGUGAUUCUCCCCAUGGUCCUGGGCGUCGGAGUUGUGGCCCAGAACCUCGAGCUAGAAGACUCUCUGAAACGCAAGGGCAUGUACGGCAUCGACCAAGAGGCGCUGCUGGACUCGUUCGAAGUCGCCAUCCUGGAGCAUCAGCAACAGUCUGGCGAGCGGCGGGCCGCGAGCCCCGAUCACCUUGUCGUCGGCCUCGACCCAGUGGAGCUGUACAAGACACGUCGCGAGGCCGGGGGCGACGUGGACGCCUUUUGGGCCGCGGACCCCCGCUUCUCGGCUCUCGUUCAAGCGAUGCAAGCUUGCGGCGGCGGGAAUCAAGGCGGAGCCGACGAGGCGGGGUCGAUCCUCACGCGGGUCAAAGUGGCGGGCGAGGAGUCGCCAGCAAAAGCGGCGGGCCUCGUGCGCGACCACUUCGUGGCCAAGCUAGCGCGCGUGCUCUUGGUCGAUGAGACCGAGUUCGGGGAGGAGGACAGCGGACGGUCCAUUGCGAGCUACGGGAUCGACAGCAUGAUUGGCGCGGAGCUGCGCAAUUGGAUCUUCAAAGAGCUGGCGCUGGACAUUGCCUUCCAGCAGCUUUUGAGUCCAUCGCUUACCAUCUCGAAGUUUGCUGAGCUGGUGUGUGUUACGCAGGGUAUUCUUGUCGAAUAG